GAUGACCGGACGUCUGUUGGCGCUCGUUGGUUUGCUUUUCCCUGAACAGGUGAAGGUGCCUGGACGAAUGAACAGGGGAGCGUUUCCCUCAGAAGAGUUGAAGACAAACGUCAGGAUUAUUUGGACCGGAUUGCAGCUCCUGGAUUUUCACUUGCGUCUUCUCAAAUCUCGUCAGAGCGCGUGAGGAGGAGCGAGGAAGAGGAGGCGUGGGAGGAUGAGCGUGAACAGCGCGCUGCUGCGGUCCGCGCGGCAGAGCAUCUCGUGCAGCGAGCCGAACUGCACGGCGCGCACCACGGACACCCUGGCGCUGUCCGCAGCAUCCGCGUGGAGCGGCAACGGCUCCGCGCUGGAUGCGUACCGGCUGCUGGAGCUCCAGCUUCCCGCCUCGGCCGCCCCGACGGUGGCGAUGGCGCCCAAGCCCAAGUACCCCUUCCCCACAGUGGACGUGCCCGACCACGCCCACUACACCAUCGGCUCCGUCAUCCUCGCCGUCGGCAUCACCGGCAUGAUCGGCAACUUCCUGGUCAUAUACGCCUUCUGCAAAAGUCGCAGCCUGCGGACGCCGGCCAACAUGUUCAUCAUCAACCUGGCGAUCGCAGACCUGCUGAUGUGUGUCACCCAGACGCCCACCUUCUUCAUCACCAGCAUGCACAGGAGGUGGAUCUUUGGAGAGAAAGGUUGCGAGCUGUACGCGUUCUGCGGCGCUCUCUUCGGGAUCUGCUCCAUGAUCACGCUGACGGUGAUCGCUGUCGACCGCUACUUCGUCAUCACGCGACCUCUGACCUCCAUCGGGGUGUUGUCACGAAAACGGGCCCUCCUCGUCAUCAUGGCGGCGUGGUUGUACUCCCUGGGCUGGAGCCUGCCGCCGUUCUUCGGCUGGAGUGCCUAUGUCCCAGAGGGCCUGCUUACUUCCUGUUCGUGGGACUACAUGACCUUUACCCCGUCGGUGCGAGCGUACACCAUGCUGCUCUUCAUCUUCGCCUUCUUCCUGCCGCUCUUCAUCAUCAUCUACUGCUACCUCUUCAUCUUCCGCGCCAUCCGCAACACCAACCGGGCCGUGGGGAAGACAAACGGCAGCAUUCACAGUCAUGGCAGCGGUCGAGACUCCCACCGGAUGCACAAUGAGUGGAAAAUGGCGAAGAUCGCUCUGAUUGUCAUCCUGCUCUACGUCAUCUCCUGGUCGCCGUACUCCGCCGUUGCUCUCACCGCCUUCGCCGGGUACGCAGACAUAUUGACUCCCUACAUGAACUCUGUGCCCGCAGUCAUCGCCAAGGCCUCGGCCAUCCACAACCCCAUCAUCUACGCCAUCACGCACCCGAAAUACAGGUUAGCGCUAGCCAAGUACAUCCCAUUCCUCGGCGCCUUGCUCUGCAUCCGUCCUCGUGACCUCCGCUCGGCCAGCAGCAGCUUCAUGUCGACGCGUCGCUCCACGGUGACCAGCCAGACCUCCGACAUCAGCAGCCAGUUCAGGCGGCAGAGCAACGGCAAGUCCCGCCUCUCCUCCAUCUCCGACAGCGAAUCGGGUUUGACGGACACUGAAGCUGACCUGUCCAGCAUGGGCUCCAGACCAGCCAGCCGCCAGGUCUCCUGUGACAUCAGCAGAGACACCGCCGAGCUCCCCGAAAUCAAACCCUCCUUCAGCUUCAAGUCCAAGAUGAAGAACCACGACUCGGGCAUCUUCGAAAAGAUGUCCGGUGACACUGAUAUCUCCAUGGCAGGAGUCAGUGAACGCGGCAGCAUCCCAAACAGCGGGGAUCUUGCAGAGGGACACGUGACGAGAAGCACGAUUGGUCGAAUCCCGAGCAUCGUCGUCACCUCUGAGUCCAGCCCCUUUCUUCCCAUCAGUCGAAAAGGUUCCAGCACUGCCCGCUCCAAGACAGCCAACAACACAAAGGCGGGGUCUGGGUAGAGCCCCGCCCCCUCCAGCUGAUCACCUGCAGCCACCUGACCAGCUCACGUCCAGUCAGAUAAUUAGAAGUGUAGA